CACUGGGGCAGGUAAGGGCUCGUGGACGUCUUUUUGAAGAUAGUUUAUGGCGAAAAUUUAAUAUUUGUCGCAAAAUAUCCACACUAUCUAGUCAAUAGCUGUUUCAUAACACAGAGAAGGAGAUAUUUUCAUUGGUGCAAUUUCGUAUAUUUAGUUUAAAGAGAUUUGGGACAAUUUUCUUUGAAGAUCUUUGGUCAAGAUUGUCGGGAUGUACAGCAAUAUCCAAGCCCCUCCAUUUCCGUACAAUCCCCUCGUCCUCCAAGCCAUGCAUGCACAGUUGUCCCGCCCGCCACCAACGCCAAGGGAGCUAAUCGCACUGGAGCUGAAUAUGAGACACCAAAAAGGAAUGCAAAUAACAGGAAUGACCACAUGUCCUCUCAGAGGAAUAAAACGUAGACAUGAAGUGGAGUCCAUGGACCCCAAGCGGCAGUGUUUUCAGGCUCCUCAGCUGCAGAACAACAACCUGCACUUCCAGACACUCCCUCAGCAUCAGCUUCUCCUCCAUAAUGUCAUCAACAGACAUGUGACCAAUCAGAACCCUAUGCAUAAUGCUACAACAUUAAUCAAUCCACAGCUUCUUUACAAUAGGCUUCAUGUUCAGGAAGCUCCAAGCAAUCAGCUACCAGCGUACAACGGUGUGAAUGUAAACGAGCAGCCAGUAUCAACUGCACAGCCAGUGACUCUCAAUAAUAACAGGCCGAUCGCCAGUAGAAAACGACUAAAUGCUGUCAGUACGCCACCAAAGAACCACAAAGCCGCCAAGCUGAUGAAAGUCGAUGUGACGGAUAAUCCCUCAGGAAGCUGCCCUGUUAACAAUGUCAGGGGCAAUAUUAAUCAGAGAGCAGUUUCCGACCUGCAGCUCCCACUUAUUCCAGAACCAGACAAUAGUCCUGACCUGAAGCAGCUAGACAAGUUGUCACUUCAGAUGUUGAAUCGUUACCAGUCCCAGAGACAAUGCUCCUAUGAUCUGCAGAGGAAAGUUCGUCUCCAGGACGCUCUUACAGACAUCAUACGAGGAGUCAUUCCACACUCCUCGCUCUACCUUGUUGGGUCGUCGUUGAAUGGGUUUGGAAGUCAUGACAGUGAUGCAGACAUGUGCCUCAUCCUGGCCAACAGGAGAUACAUUAACCAGAGAGGAGAGGCUCGAGAGAUCCUUGCUGUUGUCAACAAAGCUCUCCGGAUAUGUCCCUUUAUUCAGCGCCCCCAGCUCAUCCGAGCCAAGGUUCCCAUACUCAAGUUCAAGGACUCUGUCAGCGGUGUGGAGUGUGAUGUCAACAUCAACAACCUGACUGGCGUCAGAAACACCUUCCUUCUGCAGGCAUACUCGCGAUUGGACUGGAGAAUACGACCCCUGGUGUUCCUGGUAAAGCUCUGGGCGGGUGCACAGGGGAUCAAUGAUGCCAGCCAAAGUACACUGUCUUCCUACUCCCUUACACUCAUGACUCUGCACUACCUGCAAGUGGGCUGUUCUGCACCUGUCAUUCCAUCCAUACAGAGGGAUUAUCCAGAGCUGUUUGCCCUGCACCUGACAGUAGAGCAGCUGGAAGCCAAUGUGAGCCGGGUUCCCCCGUACAAAACUGCCAACACACAGUCACCAGCAGAGCUACUCAAGGGAAUGCUGAACUACUACACAAAUGUGUUUGAUUUUGAGGAGGAAGUCAUCUCUGUGAGGCUGGGCAUCAAGUUGAGGAAAAGUGGCCUGCAGGAUGACCGGGAGUGGAGGGAAAAGUUCAUCUCAAUUGAAGAGCCAUUCGACCAGUCCAACACAGCUCGGGCAGUGUAUCAAUACCCCAAGUUUGAGCUGAUCAAGAGGGCCUUCAGCAAGGGCUACAAGACUCUUCAAACAACAGACAACCUGGAUGACCUGCUGUGCAAAUGUGAUCCAUGACCUUUACACAUUGACCCCUGCCCUUCAAUCCAUGACCUUGUUGAGUCUUGAAUGUUUCCUUUCCUGAUCCUUUACUUGUCUUCAAUCAAAGCAUCUUAUAUCAAAACAGUGACAUUUGUAAACCUUGAAGACAGGAGAUGCCUUGUGCUGCUAUCUGUUUGGACAAAUUCUGUUAGAAUUUCCAAUAUUGAUCGUUGUGUAUAGCCCUGCUGACUAUGUUCAAAUUGGUCCUGCUGCCAUCAUAUCCUAAAAAUUAUCUGUGCAGAAGAUUUGACUUUCCAAACUGGAUCUCUCUCACAGAACACCUGAACUGUGACACUGAAACCUUGGUGCUAAUGUCUUAAGAGGUUAUCAGUUCUAGUGUAUAAAAAGUGUCAAAAGUGGAAAUUAUUCAAUUAUUAAGUCCAAGAAAAAUCAGGGCAAAUUGUAACUGAACAGAAAUACAAGCAGAAUGUACCUUACCUUUGCUAUGUGUCUCUCCAAACAGCUUAAAAGCCAAGAACUCUUCACAAGAAAGGAAAUAUUUUGCAUUGUUUACUUUGAAUCCCAGUGACUGGAAGAGCUCCCCAAAUACCUUGCCUUUGGAGAUCUUUGAGAGCUAAGUAAAGUCCAUUAUGGCAAUGCAGUCUCCUUGUACCUAGUUAUUUAGCUUUUAUACUUCAUGUUGCAUCAAGAUUGACUUAUUCUGGUUCCUCUUCUUGGUGGUUUUAAUGACUGUGAAGCCAAAGAUUAAAGAUGCUCCAAUAAAGUGGAACUUGAAUGGCAUAUACUGUUGUUGAUAUGUUAUUUAUUUUAAGAACUAUUAAAGAUCAUACAAAACCUUGAA